AUGGCGCUCGCUCUCCUCUCCCCCUCCACACCAUCCCAUCGCCUAGUGCUUCGUCCCCUUUCAUCUCUGCCGGUCGCGCGCGCCACCAAUGCCGCUAGCUUCGGGCUCGCGUUCUUCUGCCCCCUCUCCCGCGGUUCCUCCUCCAUGCAGAGGACCGGCGCCGCAGGCGGCGUCAUUGAUAGUACCGGAGAUGGCUCAUCGGAAGAGCCGGUGGCUGGAUGGCUCAGCGCAGACCUGCUCAGGCGGAUAUCAGGCGCGGCGGACGCGGACCGGGUCCUGGACAUUUUUGCGGAGUCCGUUGAAGGCGCUGGUGCUGCUCUGGACGCGCCCGAGUGCAACGCGAUCGUCGCCGCCGCUUUUGACUGUGGCAACAUCGAGCUCGCGCUCUCGGUGUUUGAGGCCAUGCGGUCCGGUUUCGCGGGAGUUGGGGGCUGGAGGUGGGCAAGGCCUGAUGUGCGGACUUAUGCGUUGCUUGUACAGCGGUUGGCGGCCGCCCCGCGUGUUGCUGAUGCAAUCAUGAUAAUUGAUUAUGUGUCUCGCGCAGGUGUUUCUUCUAUGGAUGAGGUUUCUUUCGGAAUCAUUGUUCGCUGUCCAACUUGCAUGAUAGCAGUUGCCGUUGUGCAGCCUCAUGAUGGAACUCAGGUUGUUUCCUGUUCAAAGUGUCGAUAUCAAUAUGAAUUAUUUUCUGGAGACAUUACGAGCAUUGAAUCUGAAGAAGUUAGCAUGGAUAUUUCAGCCCUGGAGAAGGCCUUGAGAUUUAUUAAUAUGUGGAAAGAUGAUCUUCCAGCUGCUGUCCACUCUAUUGUGAUCCGCACACCUUCAGGAACAGCACGUACUCACAGAUUUGCUACCCAGACUGUAACUCUUCCUGCUCAAGAAGGAGAAAGGGUAACCAUUUCCUUGGCAGCCCCAUCCAACGUUUAUCGUGACAUGGGACCCCUCAAGAUUGCUGCGCGCUCACAAGGAUUUAGACCUGGAGAACCUAUGUGUCUCACUAAUCACAUCAAUGGGCAAGUCUCGAAGUUGCUAAGAGCUCCAUCAAAGAACGAGGGAACAUUUUUCCUUAGCCCAUAUUUAUUGGUCGGUGCUCUUGCCUUCCUUGCAUCUGCAGAUGCUGCUUCCACAUUCAUUGACCCAAGCCUUCCCAGACUUGUUACAGCAACUGCCAUUGCAUCAGCUGCCGUAGGAACAACACUAAAUGAAGUGGUCCUGCCAAAAAUUCAAAAGCUUCCACGAAAAGCAGUGGAUAUAGUUGCUGUACGGCAAAAGCUUUUGUCUCAAUAUGACAUUCUUCAGAGUCGUCUUAAGGAACUGAAACAGUUUGCUCAAAAAGAGGUGUGGAUGCUUGCACGGAUGUGUCAGUUGGAUAACAAGAUAGUGGCAGUUGGUGAACCAUCUUAUCGUGCUAGACGAGGUAGAGUAAAGAGGGUACGGGAAAGCUUGGAAAGCACACUCUUGGCAAGGAUUGAGCUAAUGGAAAGUUAUGCAAGACUGUGUUCAAUGAUUGAAAUUGAAGUUGAGAUGGACUCUGAUGUUAUAGCUGCUGAAGCGGCAAGCAGUGCAGAGAGAAUAUCAGAGCAGAUACAACAACUAAUGGAGAUCGAUAGUCUUGAAGAGCAAUGGCGUAUACAAGCUGAGGCUAAUGAUGAAGCAGAAAGGCUUCUUAGUUCAGAUUUGUCCGAAACAUUUCCUGCUGGAAGUGUAAUGUAA